CCGCCCUGCCGCGCUCCAACUGGCAGGGCUCGCGCUUUACCCGGUACAUCCGGGUCACUGGCACGCACGCGCCUGACGCACGCACGCCCGGCGGCGGUCGUCGUCUCCCUGGUGGCGGCGGCUCUUUAACGGCUGCCUGGUCCUCGCGGGCGGCUCCGCUCCCAGCUCGGUCCCUCCCCUCAGCUUCGGGGGAGGGGGCAGCGCGGUUUCAUAGAAAAACUGUUGCAUUUUGCAUUAUAAGGUGUCAGCAUCUACAAAAGCUUCAAGUCGAUAUUGUCACUUGAUUGGGAACAGCAACAGAGCAGCACUGGCUGCAGGUGUCUUAACAUGGGGAACCUUCUUAAAGUUUUGACGUGCACAGACCUCGAGCAGGGACCAAACUUUUUCCUUGAUUUUGAAAAUGCUCAGCCUACAGAAUCAGAAAAAGAAAUUUAUAAUCAGGUAAACGUAGUGCUAAAGGAUGCCGAAGGAAUCCUGGAAGACUUGCAAUCCUACAGAGGAGCUGGUCAUGAAAUACGAGAGGCAAUACAGCAUCCCAGUGAUGAGAGGCUCCAGGAGAAAGCAUGGGGUGCGGUUGUUCCUCUAGUGGGCAAACUAAAGAAAUUCUAUGAAUUUUCUCAGAGAUUAGAAGCUGCGUUACGAGGCCUUCUCGGGGCCCUGACGAGCACCCCGUACUCUCCCACGCAGCACCUGGAGCGAGAGCAGGCUCUUGCCAAGCAGUUUGCAGAAAUCCUUCAUUUCACACUCCGGUUUGACGAGCUAAAGAUGACAAAUCCUGCGAUACAGAAUGAUUUCAGCUAUUACAGAAGAACCUUGAGUCGUAUGAGAAUCAAUAACGUUCCAGCAGAAGGAGAAAACGAAGUAAACAACGAGUUGGCCAACAGAAUGUCUUUAUUUUACGCGGAAGCAACGCCCAUGCUGAAAACCUUAAGCGAUGCCACAACAAAAUUCGUUUCAGAGAACAAAAACUUACCCAUCGAAAAUACCACAGACUGCUUAAGCACCAUGGCCAGCGUUUGCAGAGUCAUGUUGGAAACUCCAGAAUACAGAAGCCGGUUCACAAACGAGGAAACGGUAUCGUUCUGUCUGAGGGUAAUGGUUGGCGUCAUCAUUCUCUAUGACCAUGUGCACCCAGUAGGCGCUUUUGCUAAAACUUCAAAAAUUGAUAUGAAAGGCUGCAUCAAGGUUCUCAAAGACCAGCCGCCCAACAGCGUAGAAGGCCUUCUCAACGCUCUCAGGUACACAACAAAACAUUUGAAUGAUGAGACUACCUCCAAGCAAAUUAAGUCUAUGUUGCAAUAACGGUUACCUGGAAAUUGUGCCCUGCUGUAUUCAGAAGACAGUAUUCUGCAAUGACUGAGAUGCACAGAUCUUUUGUUUUUUAAAGUGAUUGCAACUACUAUCUUGUUCGGUCUGGCUUUUGAUUGUUUUUCCUUCUCAUCCUCUUUUCCCCCUCCCCCCCUAUUUUUUUUUUAAGAAAAAAAUCACGUUCUCAUUCUUGAGUAAGCUGAUAACUUCUUUUCCUGUGCCAAAAUCAAUUAAAAGUAUCGAGUCUGGAAGGUAAUUCCUACUUUUCAGAACGGCCAUUUUACGUGGCAGCUAAUUUCUUUGUUGCAUUUUUUUGAUUUCUCUGUACUGGGGAAAGUUCUGUGACUUGAACUAAAUAUUUUUAAACGUGUUUUUUUCUUUUUGUUUUUUAACUAAUAUUUAAUAUUUGCUUCUUGUGCAUGGCAAAACUGCCUAUUUCUGCUAUUUAAAAAGAAAGAAAAAAGAAACUUUGAUGACUUCAUUUUCUAUUGCAGCUUUUUUAUGUGCGACCAGGAGGAAACUUUAAGAGCAAAGUUUGUUUAAAUUAACUGUGUUUGUACAAAUGGUACCUGACACAAAGUUUUUUUAAGGAAAAAAAAAAGAAUCAAGUAAAAACUGUUCGUUUUAAAAAGUUAAGUUUGCAUUUUGACUCUUUUUUUUUGGUGAGGAUGUAUGUUGUACGUUUAAUGACUAACGUUUUAAAAAGAAAAGUGGUGUGUGCGUAGCCAAAUUACGUAUGCAUGCUCGUGUCAAAUGAUUGGCUGUGGAGACAACAAUAAAAAUCGGCUUUCAUUUUUCUAA